CUGACUAUUGUUCUUCUCAGUGAAGUUAAGUGUCAGUUAAAGCUUUUAAUCGUUUUCAGAUUAAUUAUUUUUGAUUGAAAGUAUAAAUGAUGGCCUGUCAUUUUCUAUAAAAACAUUCAACACUGGCAUUCUUUUUUGAGCAGCACUGCUUGAAAGUUUCUCGCGUUGAGAGAGAAAGCAGUGUGAAGUGAUAAUGCAUAGAGCGUUAAAUGCAGUUGAAACUCAUAAUGAUCUCACCUGCAGUUUGAGAGAAAACUUACCAAAAUACUCAAAAAGAUUAAUGUUCAUCAUAAAUUUUAACUGAUUUAAAGAAUAAAUCUAUAUCCGCCGAGAAAAAGAAACAAUAUUCGAUACUGUAUAAUUUGAAAAAAAAAUAAGAAGUAGAUUUUAAUCGAGUUCGAAAAUGAUCAAGACGAUGAAUAAGAGUCCAGUUUUGAACAGAUCUCGAUUUUCACGACAUAUCGGGAGUGGGAACAACUCACCGACAGAAAAAAGCCCGGAGAGCAUGCUGAUAUCUGACACCAAUAUUUCACUCAAUAAGUUUGCCCAAAACCGAAGUGUGAACAAUAUCAGACCACCCCUCGGCUUGCCCCGAGCGAACGAAGGCCGAGGUCGAAAACCCGAGGCACGAGUCAAACCUCGUGUGCGAUCUAAGGAACCUUUCAACACGUGCGGCGAACUGCAGAUUUUAAACAGCACUGGAACCAUAGUGAACAGUUCUCUAGAAGUUUCAAACUUCACUGUCAAUAAUUCAUCCAAAUUUCAAAAAGCAGCAAAAACCUCGAGUUUCAAGAAGCCAAAUUUUCCGAAAAGCCCAGUAAGGCAUCAGAACUUAGAUGCUAUUUCUCAGUCGAAUCCAGACGUGAAAAAAUACAAACUGCCCGAGACUUCGAGACUUGAGUCUCCCGCGUCUCCGAGGAUGAUGGCGAAGAAUGACACCUGUGGAAUCCAGUUUCUAGGCGCUGUGUGUUACUCUCCGGCGCUGAACGAAUCGAAACUGUCGUCAUACCGGUCUCAGAUAAACUCAAGGUCGAGUGGAACUUUCCUAAACAGCGAGCCAAGACUGCCAGUCGCAACUGCCAGAGUUACACAACCCUUAUGUCAAGACUGCGAAUUAUUCUUAAGCGACCUUGAACCAUCCUCAAAACCCAUUUCGACCAUUCAGAACAUCUGCCAAAAGUGUUCACACAGUCGAAAGCAGAGACGCGAGCUUAUCAUUGAGUUAGUUCGCGAAGAAAUAUCCUAUGGAGAAGAGAUCAGAUGUUUGCAAAGAGAAGUUAGUGAUCGGCUAGUUAAAUCAGGCCUCAUAACUAGCGCAGAGUACCAAACAAUUUUUGGAAAUUUGGCCGAAAUAGUUCGCCAUAAUGCCAACUUUCUGUCGCUUUUCCGCGAGGAAAUUUGGAAAGCGUUGCAAAACGGCGACCAAACUUAUCAUACACUGGAAAUUGGGAGAUUGUUUAACGAAUCUUACUCCAUGUUCCUAUCAUAUGAAGCGUAUUGUAACUCGGUUAACGAAAAAGUCGACAGCUUUUAUAAAAUUCAAUCUGAGAAGAAUUCAGUUAAAGCUUUUGUAUCAAACUGCCAAGAACAAGUCUCCGAAUUUCAAAAUGGUCCUGCUGUAGAGCGAUGGCUCUUGAAACCCCUGCAACGAUUAAUUCGAUACCCGAUCUUACUGGAAUACAUUCGAAAACUAACACCCAGAAUUCACAUUGAUUGGAUGAACUCAAAACGAGCAGUUUCCAAAAUCAAUUUCUAUUUGAAAAGAAUCAGAAACCAAAAUUCGGGGGUCAUUAAAAACGGAGAGCCUUCGAAUCUCAAAACAGUCCGAUUUGAGCCGAAAGACAACAUCAUUGAUUGGCCCAAACUGGCUUGCCGAGAGCUCGAAUCCGAAACCGAAAACACAACCUUGCUCAUGGCCGAUUUCGUCGGUUUCGAGAAAAUAUCACUGAAAUCAAAAGUGACGAAACGACGUCGAAAGUACGUGGCGAUGUUAGUGAUACUUAGUAAUUAUUCCCAUAUGUACCUACACAACCGGAAUAAAGAGGUAUAUCUUUUGGUUCUGAAAGAAGUAGCCAACAAUGAUUUCAUGACGAUUCGGAAACUGAACAUAACCGAAUGCUCUCUGUGCGUUGAGCCUGAGCGACCUUUGGUACUAGAGGUCACUGAGAUUGCCACUUCAGAGGUCACUGCGGUCAAAUUUUCUUCGGCUGAAACUGCGGAAGAAUGGAUGAAGGAAUGCAGAAAGUUUGCUUUUGAGAAUUCAAAGUGGAAUAAAAGACGAAAUGCAAUGGGAAACAUAAUGUUAGGUGUUAUUCUAGAAGCUUAGUGUCACUAGAUUAAU